AUGGGAAAGUAUAGUAUGAGCAGAAAAGGAGAAUAUAGCGCUGAAAGGAGAUAUCAAUAUAGAGAUGAAAAAUAUGAAAAAUAUGAAAAAUCUGAUAACACUAGUUAUGGAACCAAAUUAGAUAGCCAUAUGAAAGAGAAAAGUAGUUAUUAUAUGAAUGAAGGUCGUAGACAUGACUUAUCAAGAAGUAGAGAAGAAAUGACAGGAGGUAUAGGAAGAGAAGGUCAUAAAAAUGACAAUAUGUAUAAUAAUAAUGACAGAAGAAGAGGAUCUAUUGAAAAUUAUGAGAGAAGGAGAAAUGAAGAAAAUUAUCCUGGUGAUAGGAAUAGAAAUAUUUCAAAAAGUAGAAGAGACUAUCAUCGAGAUGCUCCAUCAAGAGAAAGAUGUUAUAGUAAUAGAUCACAAAGAAGAAAUGUGUCUGUAGAUAGAAAAAGAGGAAGUAUGUAUGAUAGGAAUAAUGAUGAUAAUGUUUAUGAAAAAAAAGCCAGAUAUGAAAGGGAUAACCACAACAACAAUAAUAAUAGUUAUAAUAAUAAAAAUAAUUAUAAUGAAAAUAAAUUUUCUGCUGAUUAUGAAAAUAGAGGAAGGAAUGAUAGAAUGCAUAUGAGAAGACAUUCGAGAGAUGAAAAAGAAGGCAGAAGAUCAUAUCAAGAACAUUAUGAAGAAAAUAAACAUAGAGAAAAUAAUUAUGAAGGGUAUCGACAUGAAGGAAAUCGUAAGGAAGGAUAUCAUAAUGAAGGAUAUCGACAUGAAGGAAAUCGUAAGGAAGGAUAUCAUAAUGAAGGAUAUCAUAAUGAAGAACACCGACAUGAUAAGUAUCGACAUGAAAAGUAUCAACGUGAAGGAUAUCAUCCCCAUAAAGAAUUUCAUCAUAAUGAAAACCCAUAUUAUAAAAAAGAUUUUUCUCACAGGAUACCCCCUACUGGUGCAAUAAGAAGAGAAAGAGGAAGAGACUUUCGAAGCCAUGCCUAUAAAAAAAUAGGUGCAUGUAAAAUAUUUGUAGGAAAUAUUUCAAGUAAUGCAAGAGAAGAAGAUGUUAGAAGAAGAUUUGAGCAAUAUGGUGAUAUUAUGCAUAUGCAAUGGAAAAGAAGAUUUGCAUUUAUUGAAUAUUAUAAAGCUUCACAUGCAUUAAAUGCAUUAGAAAAAGAAAAUGGGAAAAUGUUUUUUGGUGAAGAAUUAAGUGUUCAAGAGCAUCAAUAUAAUAUGAAUUCAUAUGGACAUAAGAAUGAUAAUAGAACACAUUUCAAUUUUAAAAUGUCUAGAAAUUAUUCACCAACAAAUUUUGGUAAUGAAUCUAUUGAAAGAAGGAACUCAUUAAGAAUUGUUGUAAAAAAUAUUGAUGAAAAAGCUAGCUGGCAAGAUCUUAAAGAUUUUGGUAGAGAAGUAGGUUCAGUGAGCUAUGCAAAUAUAGUAGAAGAUUAUCAUAGUAAGGAAAAAUAUGGAAUUAUUGAAUUUUAUAAUCAUGAGAAUGCAAAGGAUGCUAUUAAUAUAUUGAAUGGAAAAAAAUUUUAUGGAAAAUCUGUAGAUGUUAUAAGAUAUAACGACUCAGAUUUAAGUACACGAUAUAAGAAUAAAGAGAGAGGUCAAAAUUAUGUGAGAGCAGAUAAUGAUCAAUAUAGAGAAAGUGAAAGAUAUAUUCGUGAAGAAAGACCCUAUAAUAGAGAUAAAUUUACUUUUGAUCGAAUGAAUCAUAGUAGUAGGCAUAACUUUUAUAACAGGGGAAGGAAUAUUCGAAGAAAUAAAUAUUUUAGAAGAGAUGAUAAUGAGGAUAAUAAAAGUGAGAUUGAUGAAAGAAAAAAAUAUAGGAAAAGUUCAAGAAGUAUGAGUAUAAUUAAUAGGGAUAAUACCUAUGAUAGAAAUGUUAGUCAUCGAAAUGGAAAUAUGAAAGAUGAUAGAGAUGAGGACAUAUAUUAUGAAAGAGAUGAUGAAGAAAAGAUGAUCAAUGGUAAGAAUAAAAGAAUAUUAAAUUCAAGUGAAGAGGGUUGUGAACAUGCAAAUGGUAAUAAUACAAAUGAUGAUAUAGAUAAUGAUCAAAAGAAUAUUAAAAAUGAAAAAGAAAAGGAAGAGGAGGGAGAUCAGAAUAUUUCUUCUUUAAAAGAUAGUCAAAAUAGGAAUGAAAAUUUGGAUCAUGAUUAUGAGAAUGAUGUAGAAAGUGAUAGGGGGAAAGGAAGAAAUAUAAAAAGUAAAAACAAAUAUGAAAAUGAAAAAAAUGCAAAAACAAAAAAUGAAUUAUAUGAUGAUAUAUCUGAAAUAAAAUUAGGUGAUGGAAGUGUAUGUAGGAGUACUAAAGAUAUAGAUGAAGAAAAUUAUAAUAAUGAAGAAACAAAAAAUAUAAAGGAUGAAUUUUUGGUUGAUCAAAAAAAUGAAGAAGAAGGAUAUGAUGAUGAUACAUAUACAAGUGAAAGAGAUAAGAGUGUGAAUGAAAAAAUUAUGAAAGAAGAAUAUAUAAAUAAAGAUGAUAUAUUAGAAAAAAAUGAUAAUAUAAAUAUGUCAAAUAAAAAAACAAGAGUUAUAAAAAAAACUACUACAAAAAAAAGAAUUACAAGAGUUUCAGAGGAAUCAACUACAAAGGUAGAUACAAGAGAAAGUGGUGAAGAUGAUCUUAUAGAAAAUGAAGAAUGGUCAGAAUCAAAAAAAAUAUGUGUAAUUAAAAAUAAUUCCCCACAUAAUGAUUAA